AUAUCCUAUUACCACCUAGAUGAGGAAAAAAUCGAGUGCUCCUCACAUACCCUAUUCCUCUCUCUUUCGUUCUGCUUUCUCCGCCGUCGUAAAAAUCUCCGGUUAGGGUUCCGAUCAUCUCCGAUGGUACAGAUCGUGUAACCUUCCCGCUUCUAUAAUGCUAUCAAUUUUUUUCACCAUUUUCUAAGGACCUUAGAAAGUUUAUAACUUGAAGUGAAGAACAAAUCUACAGUGGAUUUUUCGGGAAUAUUUUUCACCUGCAAAAGUUGAAUCAAAUGUCUUUACAAAACAAGGGAUUCUGGAUGGUCAAAGGAUCUGGGCAUGUUAGUGACAGAGAGCCGGCAUUUGAUAAUCCUUCCAAAAUUGAACCAAAACGACCUCAUCAAUGGUUAAUUGAUGCAACUGAAGGGGAUUUUUUGCCAAACAAGAAGCAAGCAAUAGAAGAUGCAAAUGAAAGAUCUAGUUCAGGAUUUUCAAAUGUAAAUUUUACUCCAUGGGAGAACAAUCACAAUUUUCAUUCAGACCCAAGCCACCAAAAUCAAUUAAUUGAUCGAUUAUUUGGGUCUGAAACCAGGCCUGUCAAUUUCACUGAAAAAAAUACCUACGUUUCGGGCGAUGGUUCUGAUGUGAGAUCAAAGAUGAUCGCCAAUCAUUAUGGAGAUGGUGCAUCUUUUGGCUUGUCUAUAUCUCAUUCUACUGAAGAUUCUGAACCAUGUAUGAAUUUUGGGGGAAUCAAGAAAGUCAAAGUAAAUCAGGUUAAUCCUAGUGAUGUGCAAGCUCCAGAGCAACAUAAUUUUGACAGGCAGAGUACGGGUGAUCUACAUCAUGUCUAUCAUGGGGAAGUUGAGACGAGAUCUGGAUCAAUAGGACUUGCCUAUGGCAGUGGGGAUGCCCGUAUCAGACCGUUUGGCACCCCUUAUGGCAAAGUAGAUAACACAGUCCUAUCCAUUGCUGAAUCUUAUAAUAAAGACGAGACUAAUAUAAUUUCUUUUGGUGGGUUCCCAGAUGAACGGGGUGUUAUCUCUGUGGGCAGGGCUGCCACAGACUAUGAACAGUUAUAUAAUCAAUCAUCAGUUCAUGUGUCAACAACAGCUCAUGAGAAAGAGUUGGAGGCAUCAAAUUCUGAUGUAGUUGCAAGUACUCCUUUGGUGACAACAAAAAAACCUGAAUCUGUGUCCAAGAAUAAACAAGAUAUCAAAUCAACAAGGAAAGAAUCUCCAAACACCUUCCCUACUAAUGUCAGGAGCUUGAUAUCUACUGGUAUGCUAGAUGGUGUUCCUGUGAAGUAUGUCUCGGUGGCGCGGGAGGAACUUCGUGGAAUUAUAAAAGGAACUACCUAUCUUUGUGGGUGUCAGUCAUGUAACUAUGCCAAGGGUCUGAAUGCUUUCGAGUUUGAAAAGCAUGCUGGUUGCAAAUCAAAACAUCCAAACAAUCACAUUUAUUUUGAGAAUGGGAAGACCAUUUAUCAAAUAGUACAGGAAUUGAGGAGUACCCCUGAAAGUUCAUUGUUUGACACAAUCCAAACAAUUUUUGGUGCACCAAUAAAUCAGAAAGCAUUUCGCAUUUGGAAAGAAUCAUUUCAAGCAGCAACACGCGAGCUUCAACGGAUUUAUGGAAAUGAAAAACGUAACCUCUAAGUCCCCACCGUCUUUGCGCAAACUUAACUUAGGUUAGGUUCUAGUGUGAAUAGAAAGAUACAUCAGUUUUCAGUAUUUUUCAUGUAUCUUUGUUUAGCUCUGUGACUUUUGGUGCAUUGUGUAACUUGUUGGUUUCACUCAAAAGAUUGGAAGCUUUAUGUAACUUAUGUCCAAAUCAUUGGGAUUGGGUGCUUUUACUGGCAGAAUUGUCUAGCAUAGUCUCUAGAAAGUAUAUUCUUGGGUGAUUAAAGGAGCAAGACUUGUUAAUUUUGGGGCACUGGACUCGGCUUGUUAAGUGUCCUGUAACAUUUUUAUUUGUCUUCAAAUACACAAGAAAACUCAGUUGAAUAUUUUUAUAGUUCCUCAUGGGUUGAUGGAUUAUGGAGAGGAUUGUAAAUAAUUUCCGUUUGCUUGUGCAUGUAUUCAUUGGCAAAUGCUGAUUUUACGAAUAAAAUGUUAAAACGAAAUGCAAGAA